CUCACCCGCGUUCCACCAAGUCGAAGUAGCCUGAGAGUACAUGUACCGCCAUGUACACUCAGAAUCCAGAUUUCAGCACCACUCUAUCCAUCUUUGCUCGCAAACAAGAUAUCGUUCAUCGAGUCGUCUCAGGGAAGGGCAUGCCACUGUCAUCCUUAACUUGUAAUGACUAUUCCGAACCUUCUCUCGUGCAUCAACGUUACCCCCGGCAUAUUUAUUAUCUACUCGACUCAUCGCGGGAGAAAGUUUUCCAUUUAGAAAGGACAGUCUGAAGAAAAUUUUCGAAUAGACUCCAUGAGUCCAAUGUGACCCCGAAUUCCCAGACGUGUCGUACUUGGUAAUACAUUCAUGGGUCGCAUAAAGUGUGGUUCACAGCCGGACGCUGCUGAACCCCGCUCCCGGUUUAUUCGACGAUGUAUCCUCUGGCGAGAGCAUCUUUUGGAGCAAUCCGAAAUUGCAGAAAUCUGAGCAGAGGUUUCUCUAGUUCUUCAUUUCGAGCUGCAGCAACGCCGAACCGCGCUGCCCUCAUCACUGGAGCGGGUCGAGGAAUUGGUCGCGCCAUUGCGCUUCGACUUGCCUCGGAUGGCUUCAAUAUAUGUGUGAAUGACCUUCCUGUCAACGCUGAAUCUAUCGAAGCGGUAGCAAGUGAAGUACGAGCCCUGGGGCGAGAAGCUAUAACGACGUUCUGCGAUGUGACCAAGAUGUCCGAUGUUGAAGAGACUGUUCGGAAAUCGGUUGAAGCUUUGGGCCCGCUGAACGUCUUGGUCGCGAAUGCUGGGAUUGUACAGGUUCAGUCACUCCUCGAUGUCACCGACGCGGAGAUGCAGCAGAUAUAUGGAGUGAACGUUUUUGGCCUGAUCAAUUCCAACAUCGCUGCUGGGAAACAGUUCAUGAAGCAAGGGAACGGAGGCAAGAUCAUUAAUGCAGCUAGUAUUGCUUCCUUCAAGUCUUGGCCUCCAUUAGAGCUUGCGCAACACAAAAUCACCGUGAAUGCGUACGCACCUGGGAACAUCGAUACCAAGAUGUGGGAGAAGAUUGACGCUGACAUGUCCAAGAUAAAUGGGUUGCCAAUAGGUGGGAAUUGGAAGGCUGUGGAGAAGCUGGUUGCGUUGGGCAAGAAUGGCGCUCCGAAGGAUGUAUCGAACGUUGUAGCUUUCCUCGCCGGCCCGGACUCUGACUAUAUGACUGGACAGACCCUGAUUGUAGAUGGCGGGAUGUGGUUUACUUGAGGGUGAAGAUAGCUUAUUUGAAUAUGACGCCAGGUUCGUACAUUGUAUGUAUCUCGAAAACGAACUAGUUACAUUUAAAUCUUCGGUCACGAC